CUCGCUGUUGUUUUGGGAGCGGGUCAUGGGAGCCUCCUGCAGCAUUCCUGGAUCUGCCUCUGCUCCAGCUCAGCGGGAAUUCUUUCCUACAGCACAUUAUGUAUUGUCUGCUCCGCGCACACCUGAGGUGUUUUUUUAUAGCACUGACCCGAACAGUAACAUCACUUUAUCCUUUUACACGGAGCAGAAACCCGAUCGCUGCUGCAGGGCCCUUUGUUUCAUUCAGCUCAGCUCCAGGUUUACUGUGGAAUGAAGUCAUCGCUGGUCGACUGAUCCCCUCCACUACAGGAAUAGACUCACUUCAGUCCAGUUUUGGUCACUGUUACGCAACUCGUGAUGGUUCGUGGUUGAGUUAGCUAAUACCUCCAGUAAUAUGGUUUAGCCUAACUGGACUAACCACUGGGCUCUAAACACCUAAAUACAAGACAUGACACUGUUCAAUCACCGUGUGUGUUCACUCUUAACACAAAUCUUUAUAAUUGCAAGACUUUGUUCAAUAAAUGCUAAUUAGAAACUCUGAUUUCUCUUCGUUAAGAGACAGGAACAGGUCACUGGUUUCACUGAGAACAAGCCUCUCCAGCGCUCCUGCGAAAGGCAAGCCCCUUAAUCCCUAUUAUCUAAAGAGGUCCACAGCACGAUUACAACCUCGCACGAAUAUUAUAGCUGGACACGGGUUCACCAUCUGCUGGACAGAGGCCUGCACGCGUUCCAGUUCGUGGAACCGCCGGCAGGUGCAACAGUGAGCGCUCACCUUUGUGUCUCUACUAAGAGCAAACUGUGGAUUCAGUAGAAUUUUAUCUUAACAACAAAAAAAAGAUUGUGAUUGAGGAAGAAUCAGGGAUAAAAUAUUAAAGCUGCAGCCUAUAUUUCUGUCCAACGGGCUCAUUAGUGCGGCGCUGUGUUCGACACACCUUUCUGAAGAGGAUUUUCCGAGCCCCGCGCUUGUGGCGGAGAUUAGCGCUGAGCAAAGAUUAAGCAAAUUAACGGCGAUGUGUCUACUGAAAUAAACAGUUGCUGUGCACUUAGUUCAGCGGCAGCGAUGAUGUAGAGGAGGGAAAUUCAUUCAAAAUUCAUGGAUCCUGUUCACACCUGCUCAUGAUGCCAUCGUAGCUGGUCAGUGAUGAUGAACGAGACGGGGCUCCGGCGGCUCCUCCCUGACCAGUCGUCAGGGAGCGGCCACACCGUUGGCACCUCGCGCCACCCGGGCAUCACGGACCCCAUCCUGUCCAAGCGUGUGUGCUUCUACAAGAGCGGGGACCCUCAGUUCAACGGGCUGCGCAUGGUCAUCAACAAGCGCACCUUCAAGACGUUUGACGCGCUCCUGGACAGCCUCUCUAAAAAGGUGCCCCUGCCGUUCGGCGUGAGGAACAUCACCACCCCGCGGGGGGUCCACGCCGUCUACACGCUGGACGAACUGGAGGACGGGAAGUCCUACAUCUGCUCCGACAGGCGCAAGGUGAAGCCUAUCAACCUGGCAGUGGCCAGGAAGAAGCUGCCGCCCUGGUACCACGCCAGGCCCGUCAGCUCCCGGCGCCGCACCGUGCAGCAGGCCCGCUUCCACGCCCACAAGCAGGAGGCGGCGGCCGUGCGCACGCCCAAGAGGCUGCUGGUGUUCCGCAACGGGGACCCGGCAGCAAAGCAGACCGUGGUGCUGCACCGGAGGACGGCGCCCACGUUUGAGUCGGUCCUGCAGCACAUCUCACAGCUGAUCCAGUUCCACGUGGUGAAACUACACACGGUUGAUGGCAGACGUGUUGACAGCCUUCCGGGCCUGAUUCUAUGCUCCGGGGCCGUGGUGGCUGCAGGCAGGGAACCUUUCAGGCCCGCGGACUAUAACGCACAGAAAUCGCCGGGCCCGACGCGGCUGCCGACCAAUCGGAUGGGUCUCAGACGACUGAAGGCUUCAAAUCGUAAAAAGAAGUCCCUGUCAAACCUCCUAAAGAUGAGGCACUUCUCGCCUUCGUCUGAGAGGUACAUUGUGAAUCGGAUCCGUAACUCUAUCGCCGAAAGUUCCGGCAACAUACUCAGCAACCCCACCAACUCGGACGAGCUGGAGUCGGCUCAUGUGCUGGAGUCGGUGGCGGAAACCGAGGAGGAGCCUGGAGCGGACGCUCUGCUGCCCACCGAGGACGACAUUGAGAAGUCCUUCCGGGUGAACCAGGACGGCAGCAUGACGGUGGAGAUGAGGGUGCGGUUGACACUUAAAGAAGAGGAGACCAUCCACUGGACGACCACCCUGACAAGGUCGAGUGCAGCCGGUCAACCUAAUGACGCCUGUCUGCCCGAGCAAGAGGCAGAGCUGGAGGCACAAACCCCCCUCGCCUCCGUAGACGCGGCCACAGAGGACAGGAACAACAACAACAAUGACGACGACGACGACCCGACAUCGCUGAGCAAUGGAGUCCUUCACGACAGCAGCAAUGAGGAGGAUCGCGUCAAAGCACAGAAAGAUGCAGGAUCCCCGAUGAGAGCUCCCACACCAGGACGCGAACAAAUCAGACGGCAGCAAACGCCUGUGGAGAGCAUCAAAUCGGUGACGGGCCGGAGGAUUCAGGAAGGUGUGGUUGGCUCCUACUCCUACAGAGAAACAAUGGAGAACGGGGCCACGACAGAGCAAUACUGCGUGCUCAAACAGAGCACCACUAGGCCAGUACCCAAACCCAGGAGGCUUGGUUCUGUGGACGCCAACCCGGAAAACAGCAGGGACGUGUCCUCAUUCAGAUCAGCCGAGAUCCUCCAGAUUCAAUCCGGUCACGAGGAGAUCACGGAAUCUGUUUUACACAUAUAUGAGCAGCAGAGCUGCCAGGAUAAUUUCCUUGCAAACAUUUGUGCACGGGGAGUGUCUGCUGCUGCUGUUCCUUUUGAUAGACCGGCUACUUCAGACACUGGACACCUUUCCUCAAAGAGCGAGUUUCAACCUGAGUUCAGGAGACCCCGAACAGCAUCAGAGUCCAUGAGUAACUGGAGAGCAGAGAGCCUGUCAUCAGAUUUCACUCCACCCUCCCUGACUGGAACAACACAAAGAACAAACAGGCAACAACCACUGCCCAGAACCACAAAAGGAAAUGAUGUGGCAGUAAAAGGCAGUAAAGAUAAGAGGGCAUUUAUAAAAGCUAAAGUUGUCAACAAACGUGUGCGUCCAGUGAUGCCAUCAGGCAAACGGCAAAAAGAGAAACGCACAAAGGUGAAAACCUUCUCCAGCGCUGGAUUCAUCAGGAGGAUUUAUGGGAAAAAACCUAAAUCAGCAAAAAGAAGGCCCAAAAAGAAACUGACACACGGAGCAGGUGAUGGUGUUGGUACAAAAAGCUCACAAACGUUGGGGGACAGAGUCAAAAGCAGCUUCAACGGCCCAGACGUACCUCAAGAAAAAAAUACGAGGGACCCAAGUUCUCCAGAGACGAGUCAGAUGAAUGUGAGCCAACAAAAAGGAAAACUGACACGACAGGCGUCACUGCACCAGGAGAAAGAGAUCCAAAAUGAGCCACUUCCUGGAUUCAACUCCUCCAGUUGUGUUGCUAAUGAAUAUGUAGAGGAAUGGCUGAAGAGGUCUCAUCCUCACCCCACGGCUUGUUCAGAGGAAGCACUGACUCCUCUCCAGCUGGAGAACAGUAAUGAUGGCGGGUUAAAGGCAGAGGAGGCGAAAUCAGAAAUCAGACAAUCGGUGUUAGAGAGCUUUCAGGGAACGUCUGUUAAACUGAGGGUCCAGUCCUUUGAAAACAAAUCAGGUCAGCUAAUGGAGGAGCACAGUCACGUUGACAGUACGAAUACAGAAAACUGCACCAGUGUAGAAGGAAUUAAACCCAUCUCAAAUGACAUCUGUUCUGUGGAAAUGAACCCAAGUCCAGUGGAAAUCUCAGCUCCGCCCAGUUCACCAGACUUACCGCUACCGCCACCUCCGGAGCUGCUUGAAGACGGGGACCCUUCAGACAGCGAAUGCUGCAGCAGGGACGUAUCACCAGUGCUCAGCAGCCCAUUAUGCCAGCUCUCAUCAGUGAGCAGUCAUUUGCCAUAUGAUCAUCCUGCAUCUGACAAGGCCGCCUCCCCCAGCGACCACACAACACCAAUUACAUCCAGUCACACUGAGAAAACUCCAUCACUCCAAGAACCUCCAUUACCGAGAACCCCAUCCAUUAAAAGGGCCCCUUUGGUCAGUAAUCUGUCUCUUGAAAGAAAAAUGUCUUUGAGAAAGGCGUGUCUGGAUAAAUAUGCCUCAUGUAGCGAGACAAGCACAUCUUGUAGUUCGAUGAACACACGAUGUGAUAAAGCGCUGCCAAAUGGUAACGGCAGCAAAAUUGUCCAGGAGGAGACACAAAAACGAGCAGUGGAUGUGAUGAGCAGCCUGUCAUGUUGCACUUCUGAACCUCCUACUACAUCAACAUCAGAUGAGAGAAUGUCAUCGGCCAGUAUUUCAUCAAAUGAAACUCCAACACAGAAAAACCCUUCAUCUAAAGAAACCAAAACACCACUGUCACAGCAGAAAGAGGCACCGUCACCUCAGACCACGGUUAAGAAAGUAAAACUCAUGGAAAGUCCAUCAACAAUGAGGAAAUCACAAACCAAAAAAUUACCAUCUGAUCCUUCUCCAAAAUCCUCAUCAUUACAUAAUCAGCCUCCUCAUAAAACAGUGUCUCCAAAUGUAAUGCGAAAACAUGCCACGGCCAAUGGCAGCCUGCCGAUGUAUAGGCCCAAACUCCAAAAGAGGCAGUCUCCAUAUUCUCAGUCUCUGGACCUGGCAUCUCCACCUGUCAGGAGCAAAACAAUGAGAAAGACCAUGUCCAGGAAUCUGUCCUCAGAUGAUGCGUCUGAGGCUCCAAACAAGGCAGUAAGAAAAGCGUCAACCCAGCGAAAGUCAGCAAACGCAGCGGCUGAACUAGACAAGACACCGACCUGCGAGAACGACCCACUGGACGCGGGUGAUAGGACCAAUCCAACCCAAGGAUGCCCUCUGGCCAAUACACUAGCAUUAAACUCAGACGAGGCAAACAUGAAGCCCGUCCUCGACAAGAUCUGCUACUCAAUUAAGUCAAUCAGACAAGUCACGCAGAACAAACGCCUCUCCUGUUUGGAAAAGUCCAACAGCAUGCCUGACUUCUCCUCUCACGUAGCCUCUACGUUUGGCUCAUCAUCCAAAGUCCUCCUUGCUUUCUUGUCCGUCAUGACCCUGAAGGAAUGCCUCACUAACUUCAACAUGGACGAGCUCAAUGCAAACAACGUCAGCUGUGCCGAGGCCUUAAAAAUGAUCGACUCCCUCCGAGAAAUCGCCUGCAUCGAGGACUCGCAGAAGCUGAAGUGCAGUCUGACGGAUUUACAGCAGUCUGCUUCCAAGCAGCUCCUGCGCAGUUGGAAGGGUUUUCAGGUGUUAAGCGACAAAUGCAAGAGUCGCAGCUCGACACCGAACUGUUCAGAGCAUGGACUGGUGGUGGAGGCUAGCCUAGAAAAGGACUGUGGUGUCGAAGAAAAUGUCAUCAACGAAAUAAUGGACAACCUCGACAUACCUGAGAGGCUGAAGGAGGAGCUGGUUUCGUUAUCAGCCGGAUUUAAGAAUGAAAGUGAGAAAGAGGGAAACAUGUCUGUCAGGAUUCUCAAAAAGCUCUCAUUAAAUGAUGACAGAGACUCAUCCACAGAAGAUCCUGCUCCUACCAAGGAUGUUAACCCAGAUGAGACAGCUAAUGUUGACGUCAGGUCCAUUAUUAAAAGAUUUGCAGAAAUCAACCAAGCAAAAGAUACUGAUGUGGUGAGUGUGUCAGCAAACCCGGAAACAGCAAAAAAUCAAGCAGCUGAGAAGGCAACUAAAGACAGAGAUGAUGAAAAUGUUUCAGCUGAAUGUCAAACACAUGAAGUCAAUGAGAGAGAGACACCAAAAGAAGAGGAAGAGUCACCAGAGGGAGAAAAUAAGGAAGUCACAAAAUUAUGUAUGGAUGUAGUGAAAGGUCACGUUGAAGACAAACUAAAUGAAGGUAGAGAAAUGACAGAGAAACAAGACGUGGACAAGAUGUGUAGUGAAGAGAGGAUGAAUAUCCCUGAAAAGGAGCUUAACUACAAUGAUGAAGGUUUAGAGGAGGAAGAUAUAAUAGAUUUAGAAGACCAGGGCAGCUGUAAGGACGGUGUAUCAGGCUCAGACGCCUCCAAGCAGCAGAGUUUAGAAGAACCUGAGCUGGAAGGUGAGGACAAACAUCAGGAGAGCAGCGAGGGAGACUUGUCAAACCUGGACAGUAACUCUGAGGAGGAGAACAAGCGAUCGAGCUCCAACUACUACGUGGAGCUGGAUUUCAGCAGGAAGGAAACCACCUCCAGUCCAGACAGCCGUGCUUUGUCUGACCUUCAAAGUCCAUUCAACCAAGAGACGGAGCCGGAGGUCCAGAAACCAUGUAUUGGACCGAACCUCAGUGUUGAGGAAAGCACGGAAUACUCAGAUGAGCUGUGUUCUUUAGAGGAAGAGCAGGGAGGUGUUGAACAUAAAGAGUCAAAGGUCACGACUGAGGAGAGUCUGUCUGUCCUUGAGGAAGAGCAGGAGUGUGUAGAGAUGGAGGAAGACCCUGAUGAUCUGGUUUCUCAUGAGGAAGAGUGUGAACCUUGGACAGAGGAGUACAAGUUUGACCGAGGCCACAGUCAUAAUGUUGUAGGUGAAGAACUGAGCGUGUUGAUAGAAAAUCAGGCUUUACACACUGAAAAAGAAAAGAGUGGCCUGAUGGGAUCAAAGGGUUAUUUUAAUGCAGAGGAGGACAGUGGGAACGACCACAGCAGCUGUGGAGACCAGGAAGCGGAGCAGCCGAAGGACAAACACCAACAAACGAGCAGUUCGGUCGAAGAAGAACUGAGCUACUAUGACAAAGAGUCCGGCUCAGAGGAGGAACGUGACAAUACACGCAAAACUGCAGAGGAGAGCUGCAAGAAGUCGCCUGUGAUGAGGACAGAGUCCCACGCUACACAAGCUGAAAGAGCCGUGGACCAACACCAGUGUGAUCAGACUCUAUCCCAGUCUGUUGCAGAGAGAGUGAGUCUUCUAGAAAAGCAGGUGGCGGAAGCCCAGCAGAGAACAACAUCUGCAGCUCCACGCUCAUUACACAGACCUGCACAUCUGGAGACAGAUGCUGAGGACUGGCCUUCAGCGUCGCCCGCGUCGCAGCCGGCUCUCUGCUCCCAGUCGGCCCCUCAGUCAUCGUUAGCAUUCCGCUACGACUCCAGCGGCACAGUAACCGCAGAACCUGACGGGAACAGGGUCCGAUCCAUCAGGGAAAUGUUCCUGGCAAAGAGUGCGGCGGACAUUCAGCCGGCGAGCAGACGGUUCCCGAGCCCAAAUCCAGCAGAACUGUCUGAGUUGAGAGCACAGACUUCAGGCAGCGGCGGCUACCAGUCUCAGACGUCCAGUGACGUGUCCAGUGGUGAAGACGAUUCCGCCAGGAAAUCUAUCACCAAGGGCUUCGUGAGGAGAACAAUUGAGAGACUUUAUGGCAAGAAAAGCCCAAACCCCGAUGAGGAAGCGGGGGAAAGGUCUCUGUCGGAGCCAAAGCAGAAGAAGAAGGAACAUUCAAGCAUUUUCUCUCCCUUUCACUCGGCUCGAUCUAAAGCAGGGUCUGAGCUGUCCUACUUCAGCUCCGUCACUGCUCUGGACACCUUAAGCGAAGCCACGAGGUGCAUCGCUUUCAACGCCCAGGUGGGACCCGGAGACGGGGACCGGUGGCUCCUCAGUGAGAACACGCUGAUCAGAAAAUCUGUGUCAGAUCCCGUGGGAAUCCACAAAACCUCAAGCUCCGCAAAAGGCGAGGGGACGUGCAAGGAUACGGUCGAGGACACCCCGUAUUCACUCUUCAGCACCAAGCCGGAGCAGGAGGACAAAAAGGCUUUGUCGAGGAAGUGCACCUACUUUUCAAUGCCUCACGCCAGCGACUCGGACGCGUGUCAGGACGAACAGGGCGCCGUGAACGAUGGCGGCGCCGCAGACGCGAAGGACAAACCAGAGGACGCCAAGGCGAGGGCCGAGAGGAACACCGUGCUGCCCGAUUUCAAGUUGGUGGACAACAAGGUGCACCCGCUGGCCGAGGUGGUGGUGGUGCAGCCCGGGAAGGGUCAGGCCGUGGUCAACAGGCGGCUUCAGGAGCCUGACGUGUUGGACCUGCUGUACAACUUCUGUGGCCAGCAUUGCCCCAUUCUGUAGGAACCGUAGCCUCGUCUGUGAACUCCGUCUCCUGCAGCAUCCGAUCCUGUCUUUGGUGCCUAUAAGCAGAUGUUGCCAUAGCUUUGGCAUCAAUCACAUGUCCACUCACUUGCACUAACUGUCAAGUGUGCACCUGCAAAUGCACAAGCCAGUGGAUUAACCUUCAUAUAUCUAUGUGAAGAGAGUGUGAUACUGCUUGUUGAUCCUCCUCCUUGCUCCUUGUGAUACAGUGACUGUACGAUGUUGUUUUUGCCAUGAGACCUUCAGAGCAGCUCUUUUGUCCUUAUAGGUGGCCUGUAAACAGAACAAGCACCUCGGGCAUUACUGUAAUCUUGUUUUAAAACUCUUAAAACAGAUCACGUCCCUGCAGAUGUCAGGCAACCAGGCCAACACCCCCCCCCCAUCCCCCCACAGGACUGAGUAUAAGGAUCAGUCUGGUGGUGCUGGUGUUAGGUCCAAACGCUGGUACAUGUACAUGACAUUUAUUGGUUUUCACUACUAAUCGUAGCUUUACUUGUUUGUUUUAGAGUAAAUGUUUUUAUGGUUUACAAUGUAGCGUGGGUGGAUUAGGGGACAUGCGUACUGGGCUGAUUGGACCGAGCCUUCUAAAAGAUGACUGUAAAUAGAUAUGAUUAUUAGGCAGAUACACAGAAUGAACCCACAAAAUGUUCAGAGUUAAAGAUGAACCAAAAUCAGACACGGAAUUCAAGCAAAUGCAAAAUGAUCACAGAGCUAAAUAAAUGCCCAGAAACGCAUGUUCUCUAAAGCCGCCCAUGCAUCGUGGCAGCUGUUACAACCUUUCUUUCUGUAAAAACAUGUGCAAGAAUAAAUGUGUGUAUUU